AUCGUCGACCCCCAAUCCGCCGUCCUCACCAACAUCGAAGUCCUCGCCUACCUAACGGCAAACCCGCCCCGCCGACCUCCCAACCCACCCCCGAACUCCAGGAACUGGGUGCCCAGUCCGGAUCUACGAGAUCAUAAUACCGUCGUGAAGGAGAUCCACAACUACAUCUCCCGCCUCUCGCCCCAUGUGCAAGACUAUCCACGGUAUACGCCUGCAGCGACACAGCAGGCGCCCCAGCGAGCACCCCUAAACGAACACAUGCCGAUCGACGACGCGCUCCGGGACCUGAUCACGCAGCUGCAGCCGUACGGACUCACGAAGGGCGAGGUGCUGAUGAUUGUGAAUUUGGGGGUUGGUGUGCAGGCACCUCCGGCUGGAGAAGGAGAAGGGGAAGAAGGUGAAGGUGAAGGGGAGGGUGAGGCUGAGGAUGGUGGGCAGGGAGAUGCAGAGAUGACGAAUGGGACAGGCACGGGGACGGGGGAGGAGAUGGAGGUUGAUGGUGAUGCUGACGCUGAGGGUGGACAUGUUGAGGGGGCAGAAGGGGCAGAGGGUGCAGGGGAAGGGGAGGAGGAGGUGCCGGAGGAGGAUUACGGGCCUCUGGCGCUGCUGGAUACGGUGAUUGAGGAGCGGGAUGAGCGGUUGAGUGAUGCGGAUGUGAGGGCUGUGUUGGCGAUUAUUCGGGAGACGUUGGGGAGUAAAGGGUAA